AUGGACCAGGGUUUUGGUCGUUGGUCUAUCUUGAAGAAAAUCCUAACAAAGAAAGACUUGAAGGAUUCCUCUGAUGAUCUUCUGGGACCACGAGUCCCUCUGAUAGAACUAUUGUGGACCUGUUGGAUCCUGCGAUGUGUUCUGGUCAGUUGGAGGUCGUUCACAUGUUCAGAUCCUAUAGGAGCAUCUUUAAUUCAUAGAGCCGCUCUGCUCUCCUAGAAGCUGCACGUGUCUGAGGAGAAGAAGAGGUCUGUUCAUAUGAGCGGACUUCCUCUCCUCCUCCAGCUGCUGAUUGAUCAGAACCCUGAACGUGUGGACCAGACUAAUCCAAUACCUCCUCUCUGUAUCGAUACCGACUCCUCGGUCCGUCGCCCCGAUCGUUACUCAGAGGAAAGGUUUGUGGCUCAAGGGGGCUGAGGGGGCACUUCUUCAAGCAGCUGAGUGAAUGAGGUGGAGUCCUGUCUGCACCUUCAGGUCAUCAGAUGAGGAUCUGGAGAAUGGAAACCAUAAUCCCGUGUAUGAUUCUCAGUGA